UUUUUUUUUUAGACAAUAGAUUAUAGUGUCCCGUUAAGCUGCGCACCCUCACUAAGUAAAUAAAAAAUGAGAUAGCCACAUAUAUAAAGUAUUAAGAGUGAGUCAGAACUAAUCAGUUAUAAAGGGAAAAGAAGAAGAAGAAGAAAAAAAACUAAUUGUGCAACAGCUGAUACCAGCGCGGUGCGGAUUCUCUGCACCCAGGCCAGCGGUCCGAUACGAUUUCAAACUCAACCCCCGGGUCAGCGACAGUGUGCCAAAGUCAGUUGCGUAAGUUGUCACAUUGGCUCUGUAAUUCCUGUACGGUAACUUUGAACGAGAUAAUUGAUUGUCUGCAUCUUUUUGAACUUGAAGAUUCCCAUGAAGUUGAGCAUUUGAGGCAGGAUAUAAUUAUGCAGCUUAGUAAUAGAGGAGAAUCGGAAGAAUGCGAUGUACUUGUUUUGGAAGAGAAGCUUACUGAAAUUCUCCCCUCAUCCACAACAGUGGAUCAAGAUGGAUUGGAAAUAUUUAAGAAAAAUAAGGAUAAUGCAAGAUUCAGGGAUAAAACCAAUUUGAAAAGAAAAGAGAACAGUACUUGUGAUAAAAAAUCUUUAAGUAAAAAUAAAUUCCCCAGAAACUCAAGGCAUGGUGGUGUGGAAUGUACGGACGUUCCAAAAGAGAAAGUGAAUGAAAACAUAAUGACAGCGUUUUCAGGAAAGCCUUCAUAUAUGUGCUAUGAGUGUGGAAAAGUCCUUGAGAAUAAUGAUCUUUUGAGGGUACAUCUGUUAAAUCAUUCUAAUACAAUAAGUAAACAUAGAGAUUUAGAACAUAGAGAUUUAGAAAAUGAAGUUGCUGAUUCACAGUUGAUGGUGAGCAAGACUUUAAGCCAACAAGAUUCUUGUUUUCCUCCUAAUUCAAAUACUUUAGUAUCAUCAGGUAGUGCUGUUAGAUGCUCAGUUACGGGUAGGGAUUUAUAUGGAAAUCCAUUGAAAAGUUCAGGUAAUUUUAUAGCAUUUUUGGUGAUUGGUAGUGGACAGCAGAUUUCAGAUGCCAAACAUACGAUACCUUUGAAAAGUUCAAAUCCUGUAGAUUCACAAGUGACUUCAAAGGGAAAUCGGACAAAGCAUUCAAAUUCUAAAGAAGCAAAGGGAAAUUGGACAAAGCAUUCAAAUUCUAAAGAAGCAAAGGGAAAUCGAACAAAGCAUUCAAAUUCUAAAGAAGCAGAAAAAUUCCAUAAAUGUGAAAUUUGCAGCAAAAUAUUCAAAUUACGUGGUAAUUUGAAGCGACACAUUGAAAAGUUGCACGGGCAGCAAGGAUUCAAAAGCAAGUGUAACUCAUCUGGCAGUGAAAUAAAGGAAAAUGCAUCAGAAGAUGCUGGAAACUUAGUCGGUAGCCAAGUAGAUUGUGGACAAGUCGUAUCAAACAUUCAAAGAGAAGAGUCAGUAAGAAAUAAGUCAAGCCUUUUACCUAGUGAUUUUACAAAGUGUGCAAGUGGCACAGGAGAAAAAGUAGCUUUCAGAAAUAAUGUGGACUGCAGUAGUGUCAACUUAUCAGUGUGCAGUAAUAUGAACCCUAGGCCCAUUACCUUGCAGAGUUCUUCAACAGCCUCUGAAAAUGUUUCGGUAACAAAAAAUUGCCCUUUACCUGACCAGGACAAUAACUCAAAGAGUCCGUAUUCCUGUCCAAUCUGCUUCAAGAAACUUGCUAAAGACUAUGUAAAAAUUCAUUUAAGUUUACAUCAAGAUAGGCCAUACUCUUGUGAAUUGUGUAAGAAGUCAUAUUUAACUCAGAGCCAUUUGAAUCGCCACAUUCAAAAGUCCCACAUGCCUAAAGAGAAGAAUUUAGAUGGGUCAUCUAUUGAAAAUACAGAGAAAUGGGGCAUAGGUGUUGAAGUUUCUGAAAGUAAAAGGGAUGAGUGUAAUGUGCAAGUAGAUGACAAUGAUGUAUGCCCAAAAACUGAUGUUAGUCUGGUUGGAAAUGAACAAAAGGAGAAUGUUAACUCAAGAACAUUAGAGAAAUCUAACCAGGAUUUGGGUAGCACAGCUGUUGAAGGAAAAAAUUCUCAGGCAGGGUCAUUUCUCAGAAAAAGUUAUCCAAUGAAUAAUGUUCCUGAGAGAUGCAGUGAUGUAGAUAUAAUAAAUUCUUUAGACUUGGAUGUUGUUGUUUUAGAAACAGAUCGGACAAAGAAUAUGCACAAUAGUAGUAAAAUAAGAGAAAACAAGGAAAAAGGAUUUGGGACAUUACGACCAACCUCUGUUGCCCCUGUAGUAACUAUAGAUUGAUAUUGCUAUUGAGAACACAUAAUUUUUUUUAUACAGUAUUGUAGUUCAAUAAUUUGUAGCGUAGAGGUAAUAUAAAUAUUUUGGUGCACAUAAUAGUUUAAUGGGCAGCAUAAAGGUAAUGUAAAAAUUUGAGUGUCAAUUAUAGUUGAAUUUAUAGGCUGUAUGGCCUUUGAUCCUCUUAUCCAAAAGAGUUUAAUUCUUGGUUUCUCUUACUUGAAGCUUCUUUGAGCAAGCAUAGCAUAAAAUGCAAGUCUAGUUUGGUUUCCCUUUAGUGACCUACCCUUAAUCGUUAAGAUUUGCAAGGUUUGUCUGUCUUUUUUGACAGUAGCAUAAUUUUUCUUGCAGAAUCUGCUUCACAAAAAAGUGCCACUUUUACCUCAUUUUUAGCAUUAAAUGGAGCAGUAAUCUAUUUAUAUCAGAUUGAAAACCUUAAUCCAUAGGCUGCAUUCCACUUUUGGAUUUAUUCUCCUUUAUAUUCUCUUCUAAAUUUUGAUGUAUCUCCAUUCUCAUGACAGUUAUAACAUUAGGAACUGUGUUGGACAAAAAAAUAAUUUGACACCAUUACAUAUAGAAGUUCUUACAAAGGUCACCACCUUUUCUCACCUUAUGAUGUUUCAUGAAGACUUCCUCAAUUCUACCUUGAACCUGUGAAAAGAUCUGUUAGUGCUGGUGGUUUUGAGUACAGUAGGCAAUUUGGAUCUGACAUAUAGGUGUAUGUUGGUUACCUAUCUGCAUUUAAAAUGAAGUACACAGACACAAUAUCUGCAGUCCUUUGGUUCAUGAAGGAGGGAGCUUCUUGGCCUGUUGGCCUUCAAUGCUUCUCAAAAAGCACUGGUACUAUCCUGCUUUGUUACCAUUAGUGAACCAUCUUGCUCUCCUGGUGUAAAGUAUUUUAAGACAGCUUAGGAAAGCCAUACUGCAUUCAAUCCAGGUCCUCUGUUUAGGGAUAUACAUCAGCUUCAUGUGUACAUUUAAUCUGCAAAACCUUGUUGCCAGUGUCUCAGACAGACAAGUUUUUUUUUUUUUUUUUUUUGUAAAGGUAUUACAAGAUUAAUAAGUUUUUUGUAAAGGUAUUACAAGAUUAAUAUUUCAGUCCCGUUGAAAAACUUCACUGUCAGUAAAUUAAAAAAUGAAAGUUCUCACAUCAACCGGGACUGUCCGGGUCGCUCCAGUUAAGCUUGCUAUUGUAUACAUCUCACUCACUAGUAGUAGUAUACCUUUAUCAAUUUUAGUUUUCUGUAAAAAGAGAACUUGUGAGGGCUUUGGCUGUCCAGAUUUUUUCUGCCCACUGUAUGUCAGCCCACAGAUCUUAAACACUACUGAAACUAGAGGGCUGAAUAUUGGAAUGUUGGUCAUCCAGACUCCAAUCAUCAAACACCAUCGCACCCCUCUAGCUUCAAUAGUUUUUCUUUUAAUCUAAGGUUAAAAGUUAGCUGUGAUUGUGUGUGUGGCAAAAACAGGACAGGCCACCACUGAGCCAUGGUUCAAGUUUCAUGGGCUGCAGCUCUUCAUUGGUUGUGCUCACUGACUUCAACCACAGGGAGCCCUAAAGGGCAUGCUGUUCUUUGCAGCAUCCCUUUGGUCUCCAGCUAUAAAGCUUUCUGAUAUUUAUUCAACAUCAGUCCCAGCUUAAAUUUCAUUUAAGAAUAUGUCCUUUGCAUAAGCCCUGUGAGAAUAGGGACUAGAUUCCAAGAUGUAACUGGUGAUUCAGUAAUUCGCUGUCAUUUAAAUAAAAGCAAGAUAAUCAUCCAUGACUGAUUCAGAUUCAGUACAGCACAGUACUACUUUGUUUUCCUCACGUCAUCCAAAUUAGUUUUGCAAAGAUGAUGCCAUCCAAGUUAAUAGUAGUACUUAAAAGAGCCUAAUUCUAGCUAUACUUUGCAAUGCUGAGGCAGAUUAACUUGGCAGGUGUGGCAUUUCUGCCAGCUUCAGAAAUAGGGCCAGGGCAAUAUUAGUAUCUGUAAGCAUGUAGUACACUUGUGCAAUCUUACACCCUUGGUUUGCUUACUAACGUCUAUUUUCAUUCAAGCUUAAAGAAGCUUUAUGGAAAUUAAAAAGCAUUGUUGAGUAUAAACCUUUGCAUUAAAUAAGUUUCUUGUUGGCUUGCCCUUAUGACUAGGAUCAGACCUGUCCACAGUAGUGAGAAGUGAGUAAAUUGGUGAAUAUCUCACUUUGAAGGUCUCUAAUUUCCCUUUUAAUUAAAGUUGCUCCUCUCCAGGAAUGCUAAAAAGUACUGACUUAGGUGCAAUGAAAAGGUUUUUAAUUAAAGUUGCUCCUCUCCAGGAAUGCUAAAAAGUACUGACUUAGGUGCAAUGGAAAGGUUUAGUCUGUUCUCUGAGGAAAUAUUAAGUUAAUUGAACUAUGGCUCAGUAGGUUACCAUAGGAUCAUGACAUUUGUGGUUCUUUGAUACUUUCUAACCAUCUUGAUGACUGUAAAGUGUUGUAUAGGAAAGGUAGCAACUUCUAUGGUGAUGUAAUCAUUAUAUAUUAAGUUGAAUAAUUUUUUGGAAAUGGAAUCAUUAAUUUACGGACACUGAAGAUUAUUUGUUCAGUGAUCUCAUUGUUACAGUUAACAAGCAUUAAGAUCUUGGAAUUAAUCCUCUAAUGCAACCUUGUGAUUCAUGGGUCUUCAGAGAAACUUUUUGUGCAGUUACGCUGUAGGGUAUGUUUGUUUAGAGAUUUGCCUUAAAAGUUUCCAAAAAUUUUGUUUACUAGAAGUAUUUUUCUAUGCUACGUGGUUUUCAGUGCACCCCAUAAUAUCAUCAUUCCAUUUUGUGGGGUUUUCAUAGUUUAGUUAAGUGUCAGAUUUGCCCAUUUGUUAAAUUGGUAGCACCACAAUGUUAUUCAAUGCACCAAGGCAUUCAGUUUCUUCCAUGCUUUUUUUUGGUUGAUGAAGAACAACACUGUUGAGGUGAAGUGUGUUAUGCUAUUGUAUGAAGGGUUUCAGCAGGUUAAUCAAUUGUAAAACAGAAGGGAAUGUGAAAUCCUUUUUGUUGUUUGUUAUUACGUACUUUCAAUAAUACCUAUUGAGAAUGAAAUUUUCAGAAUUUUUAAGGUUAAAAUUCUUGCCCCACUCCUUUUGAAGUUGUGAUUUAGUAUAGAAAUUCUUGACUGGAACAAUAGCACUAGUUUGAGUAAUGGAAUGGUAUGGCUGUUAUAUGAACACAAUGCCUUUAUUUUGUGGAGUGUAUUCAUUCAACAGGCUCCUGUUCUCACCAAGUAUUUGUGUACUUGGUAGAAGUGGCUUCUUACUCUCCCAAGGAACAGUUUUGUUAUAACUGAAAGAUGCAAAAGAGAAGUUUUAUGAGACUUGAGAGGUAUUCUACAGUAAUUUUUUGUGUGUAUGGUGUGGGAAGAUUGCUUAUUGUUAGAAAUGGUUUCUCUACUGUGUAAUAUAUUUUAUAAUUUUGUAUUUUGGAUAAUUGUGUAAAAUAAAUAUUUAUGUACA